AUGUCGCACUCUUCGAUUGCUCCACCUAGUCCUCCAUAUCCCCCGCCGACCCAUCCCUCUGCCGAUACCUCUGCUAGAGAUGGUGCCGAUCCCGGGUUCACCACAGUGUUCAUCUUCAUCCGGCAGCAUUGGUGGACCGCCCUUUGCAAGAGCGCGUUCAAGAACAUCGAAGUCGACUACCUUUUUGAGGCCGGCUGGUUCGACGAAAAUGGCAUCCUCGAUAUCAACGACCCGCGUUAUGAGCCAAUCGUCAGCUUGCUCAUUUACACGCACGCUAGCAUCAUCGAGAAGGCCGGGGUCCUCGCCACACAAGCAAUCAAGCCUUAUUGGAUCCACGAUCACAAGUCGGGAGGCGCUCGGGUCGUCUUCAAGGUGAAGCCAAAGGUUGGCCACGCCUGGGUGUACAUGGCUAAGAUGCCGGGUCGCGGCUACAUCGAUCGUAGGACCGACCGCACCGCGUACCUUAAGAGCAUCGGACAGCCGGACGAAGAUGUCGAUCCUGAAGCAGAGAUGAAUCAUGCAAAACUCGACCUGGCAUAUUAUCACCAGAAGCUCUUGAAGAACGACAAAGCCCCGAUACCCGAGAGCGUGCGCUGUGGAGGCGAGGCCGUCGAAGUCAGCUCUGAGUCUGAGGGCGACUUCGAUCGCGAUGACGAGGCGGCAUAUCGCGAGAGCAAGGAGGCCUACAACUCUGGUGAGUGCAACGGCUUUCAAGCCAAGCCGAAAAAGAAAAAGAAGUUCAUGGGAGUGUGGUAGGGAGCACCGUGAGCAGCGGAACGAGGGUUUCCUGCUUGAACUCUUCACAUGCGAACGCCAAAGGAGUAGCAUCGACGCCCUCCGCAACGGUUUUGGAGCGUUGAAUGCUAUUAUUUCCUGUAUCUUCAUUCAUGUCAUUAGCAGGGAUUGCAUAGAGGCCCGAGAUCCUAAACAGUAAAGAAUUCUCUAG